AUGAAGAAGCAAGUAAUUUGUUCAUUGUCUUUCCUCUCCUUUGCAUUCUUCUUCUUUUCUAGUGUUGAAGCACAGACGUGCAGCCCUAGUGGCAAGAUCAAAGGAAAACCCUCCACCGGGGCAAUGCAACCGGAAAAUGUCGAUUGUUGCAAGGAUGGCAAGUGGUACCUGACGGACAAAUGUUCACCCCCGUAUCAAGCCAAACGAAAGCAACACCGACGCUAAUGACUUUGAGCGGAUGGAGAUGGUGGUGCACCAUCCGAAUGUGACAACCAGUACCACUCCGAUGAUGACCUGUGGUGGCACUUUCUGAGGUGGUAUAACAACGGAAAGAGGUGUUUGAAUUAUAUCAACAUCCAUGGCAAUGGAAGAUCUGUGAGGGCUAGAGUUGUGGAUGAAUGCGAUUCUACUAUGGGAUGCGAUUCGGACCAUGAUUAUCGCCCUUGCCCUAACAACAUUGUUGAUGCAUCGACGGUUUGGAAGGCUCUUGGAGUGCACGAGAGCGGCUGAGGCGGGAUGGAUAUCUCUUGAUCCGAGACGUGCAGCCCUAGUGGCAAGAUCAAAGGGAAAACCCCUCCACCAGGGCAAUGCAACCAGGAAAAUGAUCCUGAUUGUUGCAAGGAUGGCAAGUGGUACACGACAUACAAAUGUUCACCCCCUGUAUCAAGCCAAACGAAAGCAACACUGACGCUUAACAGCUUUGAGCCAGAUGGAGACGGUGGUGCACCAUCUGAAUGUGACAACCAGUACCACUCCGAUGAUGACCCUGUGGUGGCACUUUCUACAGGGUGGUAUAACAACGGGAAGAGGUGUUUGAAUUAUAUCAACAUCCAUGGCAAUGGAAAAUCUGUAGGGGUGGAUGAAUGUGAUUCUACUAUGGGAUGCGAUUCGGACCAUGAUUAUCAGCCCCCUUGCCCUAACAACAUUGUUGAUGCCUCGAAAGCAGUUUGGAAGGAUCUUGGAGUGCCUGAGAGCGACUGGGGCGGGAUGGAUAUCUCUUGGUCGAUCUUGAUUAAUCACUUGAUCCAUAUUUAUAUUUAUAAUGUAUGUACUAGAGUAAAGAUUUCUUGUGCGUCUUAG